UGCGUUUGUUUUGCAUUGUGUCACGUGCAUCCAAUGAUAACAGAACUGUCAAAGUUCAACUCCACACACUGUGACAAGAAAACAAACCACGCCACACAAGACUGAUCAAUUGGUCGUUAUCACCACUUGAAAGUUCAAGGUUGAGCAUACUAAAUUGAUAACUUUUUAUUAAGUGCAAAUUUGCAUGAAACUCGGGCAUCAGACGACGCUGUAUUUCAGGUCUGCCAACAUAGCUGCUAGAUAGCGACUGACAGUGGACCUGUGGAAGUGAAGCUCACAGAUCAAUGGCCAACACAGACGAAAAACAACCUCUUGUUAAACCAGGACAAAAGGAAGUACCAUGUCAGUUCAUCCAGGCACGGCAUGUUCUGGCUAUCUGGGCCUUCUUGGGAUUCUUUGUUGUCUACUGUCUCCGUGUGAACCUCAGCGUGGCGCUGGUUGCUAUGGUGAACAGUACUCAUGCUCAAAGCGAUGUCAACGACAGCUCAGAAUGUGAGGCUCCUGGAGGGUUCAGCAACACCACUGUUCACUCUACAGGAGAGUUUAACUGGGAUGAGCAGACUCAGGGACUGAUCCUGGGCUCAUUCUUUUAUGGAUACAUUACAACACAGGUGCCAGGCGGUUAUCUGGCAGUGAGGUUUGGUGCCAAGAGGCUGUAUGGCUUUGGAAUCCUGUGCACUGCUGUGCUUACUCUUCUGACACCCCUGGCAGCAAGAGUUGGGGGGCUGCCUGUCUUUAUAGCUGUCCGAGUCCUUGAGGGGAUAGGGGAGGGCGUGACCUUCCCAUCCAUGCAUGCCAUGUGGGGCAACUGGGCACCCAUCCUGGAGAGAAGCAAGCUUGCAGGAUUUUCCUAUGCCGGGGCUCAGUUGGGAGUUGUGUUUUCCAUGCCGGUCUCUGGCUUACUGUGUGCGUCAUCGUUUCUUGGAGGCUGGCCGUCCGUCUUUUAUGUAUUUGGGGCUAUGGGCUGUCUGUGGUUCAUGAUAUGGAUGUUGUUGGUUCAUGAAACUCCUGCUGACCAUCCUCGAAUAACCAGGGAGGAGAGAGACUACAUAGAAAGCUCUGUUGGCAAGAAGCGGCAUCUGAAGACACCCUGGAAGAAGAUCUUCACCUCUGGGGCAUUGUGGGGGAUUGUUGGAGGUCAUUUUGCGACCAAUUGGGGCCAAUAUACAUUCCUCACCUGCCUUCCAACGUUCAUGAAGAGAAUCCUCAAGUUUGAUAUCCAGUCUGAUGGGUUUCUGUCAGCUGUGCCGUACGUAGCUCUGUGGUCAGUUCAAGUUGGGAUCGGGUUUGCCGCUGAUUACCUCCGAUCCCAUGGUUAUCUGUCAACCCUAAACACACGCAGACUCCUGAACUCAUUGGGACUGCUGCUCCCUGCCGGCUUGGUGAUUGGUGUCAGCUACGUGGGCUGUAACCAUGUGUGGGCAGUCACACUGUUGACCUUGGCCUUGGGAACCAGUGGGAUCACAAUGGGAGGAUAUAUGAUCAACCAUCUUGACAUUGCUCCCAAGUUCUCAGGAGUCCUGCUGGGCAUAACCAAUGCGAUUGCUACGAUUCCAGGCUUCCUGGGCCCUCAGUUAGUUGGCAUCAUCACCAACGAUAAUGAGACGAUAGCUGGAUGGAGGAUUGUCUUCAUCAUUACGGCAGUAGUCUAUUUGUUCGGGACAAUCAUCUUCAUCAUCUUUGCUCGUGGAGAAGAACAGCCCUGGGCUAAAGUGAAAUCUGAGGAAGAGGAAGAGGAAGAUGUUGUGGAGAAAUCCAAGUCCUCCGUACAAGCAACUGUACAGAAUGCUCCUUAUGAUCAGGAAAUUCUUAUACCACCUCCUACUGAUAGCUCUUCAUGAUACUGUGGAAGUGUGUAAGCUGUAUUGUUCAAUAUGUACUAUUCAUUCACUGUACUUUCCGUGUUGGUUCCUGGUUAGAACUGGUCCCAGUUACCUGUACUUGUAGAAAGAGAUGGCCAAGUGGAUCGGGUCGUCGACUCAGUGGUUUGCAUCAUACCUCUUGUGUAGAUCAAGGCUCACAAUAUCAAACCUGUUUUGUGUAGUCCAGAAUGGAUUAUUAACAAGCUGCUAUGUUGCCAAACAGGACAUUAAAGGAAAAAACAUACAGUAUUCUUGGAUAUGUCAUAGAAACAGUUCUAUAUUUAUGUGGUAGUGGCACUUCCAGGUCAAUCAAAUCACCGAGUCUGACCACCUGACCCAAGCAGUGCUUGGUACCUGUUCUAACCUGGUUCUCGGUGGUGUUUGUAUUCAUGUAUAUGGGAGUCACACACAUAUCACUGUGUGUUUGUGCAUGUUGUUGAUUUUACAGCAUGGUAUAGUGGCUGUAUUGAGGUUGCUUGUUGUACUGGGUACAGAACACUGAUCAGAUGAAGAUGAGCAGUGUUGUUGGUCUGAGAGAGAGUGUAGGGUGACUUCAUCCUGCAGCUUAACUCCUGAGAGUUUCUAGGGCUUGGUACCUGGUAGGAUGGACUGUUGAUCUUCUAGGCCUCAAAGGCAGCUUAAUUGGUGUAGUCCCCACAAAAUAAAAAUGAACAAUAAACCACACUGUUUUACUGACCAGAGUAAUAUUGUAGUCAGGGGUAUUCCUUGACCUACAAAACUAGGGUUCAGAUGGCCUACAGUUAAUAAUUUCAAGAUAUAUGCGAGGCCUAAAAGUAAUGACAUGGUAUUGUGUACUGAACCAAAAAUUUAGUAACUAUUAUAAUUACAGGGAGAUUGUGUUUCAUGUCAAGAAUUAAGUACUAAGAAUAUUAUUGUUGCAGUAUAUUUUUUCCGGUGUUUAAUGUGUUUGUUUGUACAUACUGGGGGCACAUUUCUGGUAGAACUUUCUCUGAGUCAAUUCGGAACAUUAUAGAAAUGCUGAUUAUAUUCUGGUAUGAGCUUACGUUCCAGUUGGUGGAGUAAUUAAGAAAACCUUUUGACCAGAACAUUGAGCAUAACCUUUGAUAAACUGCAUUGAUGUGUUUACUGGUCUGAUAGUUCUGUGAUUAGAUAUUCAAAAUAUCAGAUUUGAGAACCACAUUCCAUACCAAUUUCCUUGACAUUGCUUUGCAAAGUGAUUCAUAUUUCUGGGGAAGUAACAACAAUUGCUGUCAGCCGAACAGAUCUUCACCAGAUUAUUUAGUGUGUGCAUUCUAACCCUUGGAAUCAUGAAGGUGACAGAACACAUAUACUGACACAAGUCUGUCGGUGUUGGAAGGCCUGUGACGAAAAUAGGUGAAACUUCAUGAAGAAUUCUUCCCCAAGGUAUGGAGUUUAGUACAGUGCACAUAUUAAUGUGGAUUAUAUUAAUCCUUCAUGUUCACAUCUACAGGAAGAACCUGCUGGUUACUGAACCAGUCAGGUUGAUAAAAAUAUUUAUGUAUUUAUAUAAAUAUUUAUCAGUAUGUCAGACAGUUGCUCAAUAGUCAAACCUGGUGAAAUGUCAUGAUCUGAUACAUGAUUGUUUGGGUUACUGCUUGACAUGGCACUCAGCAAGUUUCCGGCUAUAUGAUAACAGUCUGUAAAUAAUCGAGUCUGGACCAGACAAUCCAGUGAUUGACAUCAUGAGCAUUGAUCAAUGUAAUUAUUUGACAAAGGAUUGUGUUGUUUCAUUAUUGUAAAUUGCCAUUAAUUCCUGAGCAUUUGAUUUGCUAUGCAAUCAAUCUUGCACUUUGUGUUUACAUUAAUCAAAACAAUAUCAAGCCAUGCCCACAAAGGGACUAUUUUCUCUUGAUUUGCAUAUAAUAAAGUGGGUGUGGUUUAGGUUGUGGUAGUGCCAUGAAUGAUGUCAAUCAUUUUGUGCUCUCUAUGUGGGUAGUUGUUAUUGUUGACACGCUGUUGCACUUAUUUAUACAGUUUGCACACCAUUGUUGUCAUUUAUACCUACCGGUACAUAAAUGCAAAUAUAACUAUAUUUUAAAUUUUGUAAGAUGUACAGGUCUGUUUGCCAAUACUCUCUUGCCAAUAUGCUAAUACAUUUAUUUAUGUGUUUAUUUAAGUGGAUAUUCUCCUUAAUGUGCAAUACAAUUGUGCCAACUACUAGUUAUGGAAAUACUAAACAAUACUCAGUUUA